UUAGCAAGCAGAAAGAUUGUUACAUGCUAUAUAAAUGCAACCAUUUAGGUUAGAAACAAGACAAUUUAUUUUUAGAAACACUCAAGCAUGUGUUUGACACAUCCUUCAACACUACUGAAACACUACUGACUUACUUCGAAGCAUAUCUGAUGCAAGUGUGUGUGCUGAAAUUCACUUCCUUUAUGGUAAAAGCAUUUCCUCUUUUUCACUUCUGCAACUCUUUAUCGGCAGCGACAUAAUGUUCCAGUGAUGCGUGUUGUUGGCAUCAUCUCAGCCCCUCGAGAAGUUCAUGGGAAAAAGCCACUAAGGGGAAGGACCUGAGGGAAGAGAAGAGCAGAGGAGCUUCACGAGGAGAGAAUGGAGACGACUAUGUCCUGUGUGUGGAGUUUGGAGCCAUGAUGACAGCUUCAUCUGCAGUUGAAUAAAAGUUUUUAUCAGCUGUGUGAGCUGAGCAGGUCUGAGGGAGCUGCCGCAGCUGCUUGGUGCACCUGGUGGAUGUUUGUGGAGGUGUCAAGGGUGAGAAGGCUGCCAGGCUGCAGCUAUGGUCGUUGAGGCGAGGUUUCCUCCCUCCUUAUCAGUGACCUUGCCGUUUGUCUCACCAUGCCGGACGACCCCGCCGCCUCCACCCUCUACAUCGUCCUGGAGUUGCUGAUUGCUGUGUUCUCCGUGCUGGGUAAUGUGCUGGUCUGCUGGGCCGUGUGCCUCAACAGCAACCUGCAGAGCAUCACCAACUUCUUUGUGGUGUCACUGGCGGUGGCUGACAUCGCCGUGGGCGUCCUGGCCAUUCCCUUCGCCAUCGUCAUCAGCACUGGCUUCUGCUCCAACUUCUAUGGCUGCCUGUUUAUCGCCUGCUUUGUGCUGGUUCUCACCCAGAGCUCCAUCUUCAGCCUGCUGGCCAUCGCUAUAGACCGUUACAUUGCAAUCAAGAUACCACUCAGGUACAACAGCUUGGUGACAGGCCGACGGGCACAAGGCAUCAUCGCCAUCUGCUGGGUUUUAUCCAUCAUCAUCGGCCUGACCCCCAUGAUGGGCUGGCACAAGGUGGCCAAGAGCUCUAACAGCACCUGCCCAAACGGCCUGAUGAAGUGCCUGUUUGAGGAGGUGGUGAACAUGGAGUACAUGGUGUACUUUAACUUUUUUGCAUGUGUGCUGAUCCCCCUGCUGCUGAUGUUGGCCAUCUACCUGUGUAUCUUCAUGGCAGCUUGCCACCAGCUAAAGCUCAUUGAGAUGAAGGCGGCUCAUGGAGAGAAGUCGCGCACCACGCUGCAGAAAGAGGUCCAGGCUGCCAAGUCUCUGGCCAUCAUAGUGGGGCUGUUUGCUGUGUGCUGGCUGCCCUUACACAUCAUCAACUGCUUCACCCUCUUCUGCCCUCAGUGUAAACGUCCUCCUCUCUGGAUCAUGUAUGUGGCCAUUAUCCUCUCCCACGCCAACUCGGUGGUCAACCCCUUCAUCUACGCCUACCGCAUCCGGGAGUUCCGACAAACCUUCCGUAGGAUUAUCCGACGCCACAUCCUGGGCCAGAAGGAGAUGUUUGACAGUGGCAGCAGUAGGCACAGGUCCACUCGCAACAGCAUCACAGACUCCAUCAGACUCAAGGUGAAUGACCUCAGCUUUGAUCUGUUCACUGAGCACAGCAGCAGCAGUAGCUGUGAAAGCUCCUACCGUGUCCCAGCUCACAUCUCUCCUGUAGGGGGCGGUCUAGUGGCGGUGUCCCAUCCCCCUCUAUCAGUUGUCAUCUCCCACUGUCCUAAGAUGGGGCCAUGUCCACUGCAAGCCCUCACACAGACUCAGAUCCCCAUGGGUCAUCAUGUACAGUACGUGGAGCAGCAGCACGACUGUGCAGGAGCAGAAGUUGUGGAGGAAAAGGACAAACAGAACCUGAACUCUGUCCAGGUCACAUCUCUGACCUGCUGUAGUGAGCUGGCAAAGGUGUCCUGACGCACACACAAGAGAGAUCAAUCAUUAAUAUUCAAGGGCCUCACAGUGAAGUGUCAAUGUCUGCAUAGCAGCAGCUCUCAAAGGAUCGUGAUCUGUCCUGAUCCACAAUGGAAGCACUGUACACAGACAAUGGACAACAUACGUUACUAAGAUGACUUAAAUCUACUUGUCAUGUUAAACUGUGUCCACUACUUAAGCAAAAUGACUUUUCAAAUUUAAAUCAGACCAAGAGUUUAAAACCACUGCUAGGGGCUCCUCAACACCCCACAUGACCAAGAGUGGUUUAAAUCAAUUGAGCAACAGCUGAACUUUGAACUUACCAAAGCUCAGCUAAUAUGAGAGAAGGUGUAGUGGACCUCUCGCUCUCAGAAGAAAUUAAAAUGGAAGUCCUUUUCAACUGCAGGCUGAAAGAAUACAUGUCAGUGACUGUCAACUUAUUUCAUGUCAACUUAUCAUUAAAUUAUUGAUUAAUAUUAUUUGCUCCUGAAACUGUCUUAAUUUUCAGGGAUAUGGGCAUAAAUGCUCUCUGUUGGAUUUCACUUUGUAUCACUACCAUGGAUCAUGGACAGAGGAUAAUUUCUUAAAGGGGACAUAUUAAGCUUUUUGUGAUUUUCUGUUAUUUAUAUACUGGUGAAGGAUAUCAAUGCUAAACAGGGUCAAAGUUUCAAAACUUGAGGUUAUCAUAUGUAGAAAUACUCCCUGCAAGUCAAAAACCAGGGCUUAAACCUGAUCUCAACGCUUCGUUUUCAAUGUUUUUUUCUACCUUGGUGACAAGCUGACGUUGGCUAUAAACGGCAUAAACGGCUGUCCGUUCCGUAGCCUAGGUUGCUAAUGUUGAUGCCAAGGUUUUUCCAUGGUUGGAUCGGAUUCAGGCUUGAACAUCUAUGGAUGUAUUUCAGAAUUUGACAUUUUGAGUAAAGAACAAGAAAAAGUUGUGAAAUCUUACUACUGUAGUUUGUUUCAGACAGAGGCUG